UCGAAAAGAGUUACCAUGGUGUCCAAAGCAGUUGCCGCUCUAGUUUUUGCUUGUCUGGUUUGCAGCCAGUACGCAGUCCAAGGCGUCAAUAUAGUCUCCAAGGCGGAGUGGGGUGGUCGUGCUCCCAACUACCGAGUUGCCCUGGGCAACUACCUGAACUAUGCCAUUAUUCACCAUACGGCCGGCAACUAUUGCGAGACGCGUGCCGCUUGCGCCCAACAGCUCCGCAACGUCCAGAGCUACCACAUGGACAGCCUGGGUUGGCCUGAUAUUGGCUACAACUUCCUGAUCGGCGGUGAUGGCGCUGUGUACGAGGGUCGUGGCUGGAAUUCGAUGGGCGCCCAUGCUGCCGAAUGGAAUUCAGUUAGCAUUGGCAUUUCGUUCUUGGGCAACUUCAACUGGGACACAUUAGAGCCGAAUAUGAUCGCAUCUGCCCAGGGCUUGCUCAACGAUGCCGUCAACCGUGGCCAGCUGAGCUCCGGCUAUGUCUUAUACGGCCAUCGUCAAGUAAGUGCCACGGAAUGCCCUGGCACUCACAUCUGGAACGAGAUCCGUGGAUGGUCUCACUGGAAAGCUCGCCGCAGCAGUCGGCCAUUACACAAGUCUCAAAACCAAUUCACAGUCAUGGCAAAUAAAGCUCUCAUCGUUCUGGCCGUGCUCCUUUGCGCACAGGCCGUCUUUGGUGUAACCAUCAUUACCAAGUCGCAGUGGGGCGGUCGCUCGGCCACCAGCAAGUCCACGCUGGCCAGCUCCUUGAGCUACGCCGUAAUCCAUCAUACCGCUGGCAACUACUGCAGCACCAGAAGCGCUUGCGAGACGCAGUUGCGCAACAUCCAGAGCUACCAUAUGGACAGCUUGGGCUGGGCUGAUAUUGGCUACAACUUCCUGAUCGGUGGUGAUGGAAACGUCUAUGAGGGUCGCGGCUGGAACGUUAUGGGAGCUCAUGCCACCAACUGGAACUCCAAGUCCAUUGGCAUCUCCUUCCUGGGCAACUACAACAGCGAUAAAAUCACCUCCGCUCAGAUCACGGCUGCCAAGGGUUUGCUGUCCGAUGCUGUUUCCCGUGGCCAGAUCAUUUCCGGCUACACCCUGUAUGGCCAUCGUCAGGUAGGCUCCACUGAGUGCCCUGGCACCAACAUCUGGAACGAGAUCCGCACCUGGUCCAACUGGAAGGCUUAAGUGAUUAUUAUACUUAAGGCUCUUCAAGCUGCAAAAAUAUAUAUAAACUGCUGCAAAAUAAAAACUUUUUAUAAUACAA